AUGGUAAAUGUGCAUUCUUUUGACUCCGUGGGAACCUAUAUGCAGGCCAUGCUGCCGAUGGUUCAAACUGCUCAAGGAUUUAAUCUAACUGAAAAGAACAAGGAACUUCCAGAUAUUGAAAGCAGACCAGAUAAAAGGGAUAAAAAUUCGAGUAACGCGGUAUUGACUACAUUAGCUCAAGAUAGAAAUGAAUGGGAUGAUAUAUUUGAUGAGUUUGAUGAUUUGUCUACAGAAAAGCUGGAAACAGUAAUAAAUCAAGCUGGAGAUUAUAAAUUCUCAUCGGUAUACAGGGAAAUAUUAAAAACUUUGGAAUCUAGUAGAUUCCAAGUUCCAAAGGACCAAUUACUGGAGCAUAUUUUAAAUAUUCUAAACACUGCAGAUGGCUCUGGGGCUUUGGAGCAAGAAUUAUUUUACUACUUAGGUUCGGAGAAUAUUGAAUUAAUUCGUAUUAUAGUUCAAAACCAAACUCUUCUUUCAGGAAAACCUUAUCAAGAGGUGCUAGAGGAUUUUAGAAAUGCUGUAGGAAAGUCUGAAUUUCUCUCAGGCUUGGAUAUGAAUGAUGAAGACCUGGUGAAUGCUUCAUCUGUGAGUCAACUAUUUGAUGGGAAGCAGAAGAUUGUCAGGUAUCCACAUGUUUUUAGAAAGUACGAAGUUGGUACUUCUUCAUCCUUCUCAUUUAACGGUACAAAGUUUGUAUUACCAGCUGGAACUACAAGACAGUCGCUGCAGUCUCAUGAGGAAGUGGUUAUUCCAUGUAUAGAAAAAGUGAACGAUUACAACUCCAGUGUGCAGCAAAUAAAGGUGAGUACUUUGGAUGAUUAUAUCCGAGCAGUUUUUGAAUAUGAAACACUGAAUAAGAUCCAAUCGUUGGUUUAUCCAAUUGCAUACAAAACGAACGAGAACAUGUUAAUUUGUGCACCAACUGGUGCUGGUAAAACUGAUAUUGCCUUACUUACUGUUUUGAAUACUAUCAAGCAAUUCUCUGAGAUAACUGAAGAUGGAGUUAUGGACAUUAUGUAUGACGAUUUUAAGAUCAUUUAUGUUGCACCAUUAAAAGCCCUUGCUGCUGAGAUAGUCGAAAAGUUCUCGAAGAAACUCGCUCCUUUCAAGAUUCAGGUUCGUGAGCUAACAGGAGACAUGCAGCUAACAAAAGCUGAAAUUUUGGAAACGCAAGUAAUUGUCACAACUCCCGAGAAAUGGGACGUUGUUACUAGAAAAGCUAAUGGUGAUAAUGAUCUAGUAUUGAAGGUAAAGUUACUGAUUAUUGACGAGGUACAUUUGUUGCAUGAAGAUAGAGGAUCUGUUAUAGAAGCAUUAGUUGCACGUACUCUUUGUCAAGUAGAGCACUCACAGUCUAUGAUCAGGGUUGUGGGGUUAUCUGCUACCCUCCCAAACUUUGUGGAUGUUGCGGACUUUUUAGGCGUUAAUCGUCACGUUGGGAUGUUUUACUUUGACCACUCAUUCCGUCCGAAACCUUUGGAGCAACAAUUGCUUGGCUCUAGAGGGAAAUCUGGUAGUAUACAAGGCAGGGAAGGCAUUGACAAGGUUUCCUACGAAAAGCUUUACGAGCAAAUUGCUAAAGGUAACCAGGUCAUGGUAUUUGUCCACUCAAGAAAAGACACAGUUAAAACAGCCAGGACUUAUAUAUCUAUGGCUCGUAAUAAUCAAGAAGCCGAAGAAUUUGUUAGCAGUCAUCCUUCGGUUGAUAAAUUUAAAAGAGAUAUAUCCAAACAUAAGGACAGAGACAUGAAAGAAUUAUUCCAAAGUGGAUUCGGCAUUCAUCACGCUGGUAUGUCAAGGUCAGACCGUAAUAUUACGGAAAAAAUGUUUAAAGAAGGUGCUAUAAACGUUUUAAUUUGUACUGCAACCCUAGCUUGGGGGGUAAAUUUACCUGCCGAUGUUGUAAUAAUUAAAGGAACACAGGUCUAUGACUCAAAGAAGGGUGGUUAUACGGACCUUGGUAUCACAGAUGUUAUUCAAAUCUUUGGUCGUGCUGGUAGACCAGGAUUUGGCUCAACUCACGGUGUUGGCAUAUUAUGCACUACCAGCGAUCGUUUAGAUCACUAUAUUUCACUAAUCACACAACAGCAUCCCAUUGAAUCCAAGUUAGGUUCAAAGAUUGUUGAUAAUCUGAAUGCAGAAAUAUCUUUAGGAACUGUAACCAACGUCGAAGAAGGUAUUAAAUGGCUAGGUUACACUUAUAUGUUUGUGAGGAUGAAGCAGAAUCCAUUCAACUAUGGUUUAACUUGGGAAGAACUAAUAAAUGACCCACAAUUGUAUGACAAAAGGAGGACCAUUAUUACUAAUGCUGCCAGAAGAUUGCAUGGCCUACAGAUGAUAGUAUUUAAUGACAACACCAUGAAUUUCAUUUCAAAGGACUUGGGUAGAGUUGCUUCUGAUUUCUACUUGCUGAACGAGUCUGUGGAGAUUUUUAAUCAAGUGUGUAAUCCGAGGGCCACCGAAGCUGAUGUAUUGUCAAUGAUUAGUAUGAGUAGUGAAUUUGACUCUAUUAAAUAUAGAGAGGAAGAGGCAGGUGAAUUAGGCAAACUAUUGGAAAAUGCAGUCGAGUGUCAAGUCGGUGGAGACGUCGCUUCCAGCUCAGGUAAGACGAACAUUUUACUACAGGCAUAUAUAUCUCAGGCUUCGAUUAAGGAUUCGGCACUGAGUUCAGAUGCCAAUUAUGUUGCUCAAAACGCUGCAAGAAUUUGUAGAGCAGUAUUUCUAAUUGGUAUUAACAGAAGGUGGAGUAGGUUUGCCAUUAACAUGCUUAAUAUUUGUAAGUCUAUUGAAAGACGCAUGUGGGCCUUUGAUCAUCCUCUAUGUCAAUUCGAUUUACCAGAAGCAAUUUUGCGUCAACUACGUGCCAAAUCGCCAUCCAUGGAGAAUUUAUUAUCUAUGGAACCAUCGGAGCUUGGAGACUUAGUCCAUAAUUCUAAAAUGGGCCAUAAACUAUACAAUCUAUUAAGUCGUUUCCCUAGAAUAGAAAUAACCGGGGAAUGCUUUCCAAUCACAACAAGUGUGUUAAGAAUUACUGCCACAUUGACUCCUGCUUUUCAAUGGGACUAUCAUAUACAUGGUAACGCACAAUUUUUUUGGAUAUUUGCAGAGGAGUCUAAUAAAUCUGAAAUAUUACACUUCGAGAAAUUUAUUCUGCACAGAAAACAGAGCAAUGUAGCGCAUGAUAUAGAUUUCAUGAUAUCGCUAUCAGAUCCGCCACCUCCCCAGCUUGUUAUAAAGGUGUUAUCAGAUACAUGGAUUGGAAGUGAAUCCGUUCACGCAAUUUCAUUUCAACAUUUAAUAAAACCUCACAAUGAGACGUUGCUGACCAAGCUGGAGCGCUUAAGACCUCUUCCUGUUAAGGCUCUACAUAAUCCAUUGCUUGAAUCAAUAUACCCUUUCAGCUAUUUUAAUCCAAUGCAAACUAUGGUUUUUCAUACUAUUUACAACACGAACGAAAACGUAUUUGUUGGUUCCCCGACAGGUUCAGGAAAGACAGUUGUGGCUGAACUGGCUAUUUGGAACGCAUUCAAAAAAUUCCCAGGAAGCAAAAUCGUUUAUAUAGCUCCUAUGAAAGCCUUAGUUAGCGAAAGAGUCAAUGAUUGGAGAAGGAGGAUAACACCAGUCACGGGCGACCAAGUUGUAGAACUUACAGGUGAUUCUGUCCCAGAUGCUAAGGAAAUUAAGAAUGCUACUAUUGUUAUCACAACGCCUGAAAAAUUUGAUGGUAUUUCACGUAACUGGCAAACACGACGCUUUGUGCAGAAAGUAUCCUUGGUUAUUAUGGAUGAAAUUCAUUUGUUGGCUAGUGAUCGUGGACCAAUUUUGGAGAUGAUUGUUACGCGUAUGAAUUAUAUUUCAUCAAUUACCAAUAACCCAAUUCGCCUAUUAGGUAUGUCUACAGCGGUUGCAAAUGCUUAUGAUAUGGCGGGUUGGCUUGGAGUCAAGAAUAACGGCUUAUUCAACUUUCCAUCUAGUGUUCGGCCUGUUCCAUUGAAGAUGUAUAUUGAUGGUUUCCAAGAUAAUAUUGCGUUUUGUCCUCUAAUGAAGACAAUGAAUAAGCCUGCAUUCAUGGCAAUCAUGCAACAUUCUCCUCGUAAACCAGUUUUGAUUUUUGUUGCUUCACGUCGUCAAACAAGAUUAACAGCUUUAGAUUUGAUUCAUUUGUGUGGUUUGGAGGAUAAUCCACGAAGGUUUUUGAAUAUGGAUGAUGAAGAAGAGCUAGCCUAUUAUGUUUCUCAAAUUUCAGAUGAAACUCUAAAAAUGUCUAUUCAGUUUGGAAUCGGUCUACAUCAUGCAGGUCUUCCAUCACAAGAUAGAGAAAUUGUUCAUAAUCUUUUCCAAAAGAGCAAAAUACAAAUUUUAGUAGCGACUUCUACAUUAGCCUGGGGUGUUAACCUACCAGCACAUUUGGUCAUCAUCAAAGGAACUCAAUUUUUCGACAGUAAGAUUGAGGGCUAUAGAGAUAUGGAUUUAACGGACAUUUUACAAAUGAUGGGAAGAGCUGGAAGACCGGCUUAUGAUACCACUGGUACCGCAAUUGUAUUCACUAAGGAGUCGAGGAAAACGUUCUAUAAGCAUUUUUUGAAUGUGGGCUUCCCCGUUGAAUCAUCAUUACACAAGGUACUGGACGACCAUUUAGGUGCUGAAAUUGCAUCGGGCACAAUCAAUAACAAACAAGAUGCAGUCGAAUUUUUAAACUGGACUUUUCUCUUCAGAAGAGUGCAUCAUAAUCCAACGUAUUAUGGUGUUACCGAUGACAUGUCGACAGCUGGUGUUAACCGCUACCUUAGCGAGUUGAUUGACAAGACGUUAAACAAUUUAGCUGAAUCGCAAUGUAUUGUCGUUAAAGGCAACAAUGUGGAUGCAACACCAUUUUUAAGCAUAUCAACAUACUAUUAUAUUUCCCAUAAGACUAUCCGCAUGUUGUUAUCCCAUAUUUAUAAUGGCUGUUCAUUCAAAGAUAUAUUAAAAUGGUUAGCCCUUGCAGAGGAAUAUAACGAGUUGCCUGUAAGAGGCGGUGAGGCAAUAAUGAACAUUGAGCUAUCUGCAAAUUCACGCUACCCAGUAGAGACUGUCUUUAAAGAUAGUGAAGAGUUAGCUAUUGGAGACCCUCACAUAAAGGCUUUCUUAUUAUUACAAGCCUAUCUCAGUAGGGCUGAGCUUGAUAUAGCAGACUACUAUCAAGAUACUAUUUCAAUCUUGGACCAGUCUCUGCGUAUCCUACAAGCUUACAUAGAUGUAGCCAGUGAGCUAGGAUACUAUCGGACGGUGCUGACAAUUGUAAAGGUAAUGCAAUGUAUCAAACAAGGCUGUUGGUAUGAGGAAAACCCUUGUACACUUCUGCCGGGCUGUGUACUAAAGCGUGAAACUAAAAUUGAAUUCGGUGACGACGGGUGGCCAACUGAAGAUCCACAAUUCAUGUCAUCAAAGUUACAACAACUGGCUACCCAGAAGCACAACUCGCUGCGCAACUUGGCUGCAAAGUUCGGAGUUGAGAAUGGUCGUAUGAACUCAUUUAUAAAACAGGCAUCUAGCAUCCCAGCUUUGAACGCAGUUCAUUUCUUGGCACAAGAUAACCCGGAAGAAUUAACUUUGACAGCCACACAUGUGAACAGGCGUGAUGAGAACCUUUACGUUUACUGUAGCAAAUUUCCUAAGAGGCAAAAAGAACAGUGGUUCCUCAUCGCGCAUAAGGAUGACGAGCUUUUAAUUAUCAAGAGAUGUCAACCCCAGAGGCAGCCAGGUCAGAGGAAUUACUCAUUAUCAUGCAGGCUUCUAAUACCUGAUGACCUUCGUAACAAAACCGUGCAUUUCACCUUGAUAAACGAUGCCAUGGAUCUCAGAUACGAACUGGUCCAUACAACUGUUUAA